CGUCAGCUUCUCAGGCACCGACUCUCGGGAGACCCAAGCGGCCCCCGAGUCAGGCUGGCGAGGAGCAGGCUGGACGCCCCCCCGCCCCAUCCAAUACUCUCCUCAGUCUUCCACGCUCCCCCUCUCCAAGAACCCCAUCCUCCCGUGUUCAAGCCACCACACCUCCCUGCUGGCCUGGCACGCCAUCACUCAAUCUAUGCCCCCGAUGCCGGAGGAGGCCCCGGGCCGGGGAUGGCGGACGAGGCGGCGGCGGCGGGGGCGGCGGAGGAGAUCACCCGGCUGCGGAAGCCGCGCUUCUCGUACGAGGAGAACCAGAUCCUGAUCCAGGAGGUGCGGGCGCACUACCCGCAGCUGUACGGGCCGCAGAGCCGGCGGGUGACGGUGGCGGAGCGGCGCCGGCUGUGGGAGGGCAUCGCCGCCAAGAUCAACGGCGUCACCACGUGGCGCCGAACGGGCCAGGAGGUGCAGAAGCGCUGGAACGACUUCAAGCGGCGCACCAAGGAGAAGCUCGCCCGGGUGCCCCACUCCACGCAGGGCGCCGGGGGCCCCGCCAACGACGACGGCCCCGCCGCCAGCGCCAACGCCAACGCCUUCUCCGCCGAGGAGGAGACCAUCUUCGCCAUCCUGGGGCCCGGCGUCGUCGGGGGCGGCGGACGCGGGCCGCCCGAGCCCGCGGGGAAGGCCGCCCCCGCUCCCUUCCAACCCCUGCCCGCCGCCGCGGGGGCCUUCGGGCGCCGCUACCUGCUGGCGGACGAACGGCGGAGCGAGACGCCGGCCCGGGGCAAAGUGUGUAGCAGCCCAGAGCCCUCCGCCCGAGCCUCCUGCUGCCCGCUGGACGGGACCCUGGUCCGGCCCAAGGAGCGCGACUCUCCCGCCCCGCCUCCGGCCCCGCCGCCGCUGCAGAUCAUCCAGCUGCCCCGCUUGGCCCCUUCCCCGGCCCCUUCCCGGCCCCCGGCCCGGCCGGGCCCCUCGCCCCGCGGGGAGGACGCCCCGUCCCCGCCGCCGCCCCUCGACCCGUCCCUGGACUUUCUGCAGGCGCAGCGGGAGACCACGGCGGCCGUCCGCGAGCUGGCGGGGGCCCUCCGCCAGGGCCUGGACAAACUGAGCCACGUGCUGGCCACCCUGCUCCCGCUCCUCCCGGGCCCGGCCGCCCCGGGGCCACCGCAGCCCCCGCCCGGGCCCCGGCCCCCCAAGGUGGAGGCCUCGCCCGAGCCGGCGGCGGAGGGGGGCGCGGGAGGGGGCGGGGAGGAGGGCGGAGGGGCCAGGCCGGCCCCCGCACGCGAGUCCCCCCCAGCCAAGCGCCGAAAAGGCUUCCCGACCCGCAAGAGGCGGGGCCGGUGGAAGAAUCUGUGA